GGUGUGGAUGAACUGCGCAUGUGCACAACUGAGCUUUUUUUUUCUCGGAAACCCAGUCGUGUUGUGUUCUCCAAAGGUUUUGGGUUCUCAACCGAACAAUAAAAGUCAUGUCAGGAUUUCUGGACGGAAUCCGCUGUGGAGACUGCGAGUGCAAUGUUGACUGGGGAGAAAGGAGGAACACCAUUGCRUCUGUAGCUGCUGGAGUUCUGUUUUUCACAGGGUGGUGGAUCAUCAUUGAUGCAGCAGUGAAAUAUCCUGAUCAGGGAGAGUUUCAUCAUGCCUAUCACACAUGUGGGGUUAUAGCUACGGUGGCUUUUCUCAUGAUAAACGCUGUUUCGAACGGCCAAGUGAGAGGAGACAGUUACAGCGAAGGCUGCUUGGGACAGACAGGYGCUCGAGUGUGGCUCUUCAUUGGCUUCAUGCUGGCUUUUGGCUCCCUCAUUGCCUCCAUGUGGAUUCUUUUUGGAGGAUUCGUAGUGCCUCAGAAGCCUGUUGUUUACCCGGGUAUCGCCAUUUUCUUCCAAAAUGCCUUCAUUUUCUUUGGGGGUUUGGUCUUCAAGUUUGGGCGCACAGAGGAUCUCUGGCAGUAACGGACUGUAUGUGACUUCAUGUCCAUAGUUAUACACUCUACUUUCUAUACUGUAUGAAAGCUCAGCAGUUAAUUACUUUAUACAAACACUUUUUUUUGCUUUCAUAUUACGUGUUUAUGUGCUUUGCUGUAAAUUAGCUAAAUCACAUCUAAGCACAAAUCUUAAUAGAUUUCUUGAAAACUGAAACAUUUUUAAUGGUGGCACAUCUUUAAAUGUGUCUGUUUGCACUCGGACUGUGUAGCCAUGUUGUUUGAAAUGGUUUACAACAUGUGUAUAACAGAUUGUAUAUAUUGGAGCUUUGCUACAACUUUCCUGUGGGGUAGACUUUCUUCUGUUUUAUAACAUUAUUUAAUUUAAACAAUGACUGAGUGGGAUUUUAAGGCUGUGUGGUGCAAAGUUUCAUAAUACAUUUUUAUUAAACUUGGCCAUAUGGGAGCAUUUCUUUUUUUUUUUCUUGUAAUAACACUUCAUCAACUCUGAAAUUAUUCUGAUUUAUUGAAUUUUAUAAGCCCACACUGCAGAAUUGAAGUCAGGAGAGGGUUUCACAGCAAUAGGGUGUUGUUGAUUUAAAAAGAUUUGUAUUUGGGUGCAACACCUUUCCAUUAUUCCUGUAAAGUUGAUCAGUUUCUUACAUGUGCAGCAUUAAACAUCCUGAGCAGUAAA